ACACACAUAUGCACACAUGCACCUACACACCAACAUGCACAGACACAUGCGCACACACAGAAACACCCGAGCACACAUGGACAUGCAAACACACCAACAGACAGACACUGACUUCCACAGACACUGAUGGAAAACUUCUUGAGGUCAGGGUAAAGAUAUGGAUUAGUAUACAUGCUGAGAAGUGGAAAAUUUAAUUGUUAAGACCCGACAGAUGAAAACUAUACAAACAAGCUCAAAUAUGUAGACUUCACAGUAGGCGAGCGUGGGAUGGAUAGUACACUGAAGACAACUGUGCUGGACCAGGGAUCUGGGAAACCUCAUUUAAUGGAAGAGUAGGACCUUUACAUUUAGUCAUUUAGCAGACACCCUUAUCCAGAGCGACUUACAGUAAGUACAGGGACAUUCCCCCCGAGGCAAGUAGGGUGAAGUGCCUUGCCCAAGGACACAACGUCAUUUGGCACGUCAAGGAAUCGAACUGGCAACCUUCGGAUUACUAGCCCGAUUCCCUAACCGCUCAGCCACCUGACUCCCUCAUUGUAGACAAUCUCUAAACUAAUUCAACUCCUUCAGUAUGAUUUGGACCCUCUCAGAUGGUAUGAGUGUACAGAUAUACCUUUCAUAUCUUCUAUCCGUAUGUGUGGGCCAAUAAGGACAGGUUUUCACAGCUGGCUGGGAAAAAAACGUCUGUCAUUUAGAUAAUCUCACCAUCUAUGCUAGAAACCAUGAAGGACCCUUCUCAUGGAUGCCCCUCGGUAUGCCUGAACAGAGACUCAUCUCGUUUCAUCCUGCUGGGGUUUCUCAUCGCCUUGUACAUGCUGGCCGGGGCGGCCAUCUUCUCAGCCCUGGAGAGGCCAGGGGAGCUGUUUGCCCAGCAGUGCUGGGAGGGAAGGCUGGAGGGCUUCGGACAAGGGCAUGGGAUCAGCCUGGAGGACCUGAAAGCCCUGCUGGAAGACUACGAGGAGGCCAACGCAGCGGGCAUCCGCAUGGACACCCGUAGAGAUCGCUGGGACUUCGCUGGGUCUUUCUACUUUGUGGGCACGGUUGUCUCCACGAUAGGUUUUGGCAUGACAGCCCCCUCCACCACCGUGGGUAAGGUCAUCCUGGUGUUUUAUGGUCUGGUUGGCUGCUCAGCCGCCAUCCUCUUCUUCAACCUCUUCCUGGAACGAGUCAUCACCAUGCUGGGCCUCCUCAUGCACUGGUGCCACCGCAGACGGACACCUCACUGCAGGCCUCACGGAGGUGGAUGGCCAACACUGGAGGCUGCGAAGAAGGCUGAAGAUGGAGAGGCUGUGGGAGGAGCUACUAGAGACACCAGUGAGGGGCCACAUGGAGACACAUGGAGGCCGUCCGUGUAUCAUGUAACUCUCAUACUCUUUGCCACCACUCUAGUGGUGGCCUGUGGCGCUGCCACGCUCUACUCCACCAUGGAAGGGUGGAGCUACUUUGAGUCGCUGUAUUUCUGCUUUGUGGCAUUCAGCACGGUGGGGUUUGGGGACCUGGUGAGCGGGCAGAGGGAGCACCACGAGGACAGCCGGGGCUACCAGCUGGCCAACGGUCUCCUGAUGUUGCUGGGUGUCUGCUGCACCUACUCCCUCUUUAACACUGUCUCCGUCAUCAUCAAGGAUGGGCUGAAUUGGACCCUAGGCCAGCUGCUCCUCCUACGAGGCUGUGUGUGUCCUGGCAGACCUCAGAAGGAUUUUUCAGGACUGCUGGUUCUCCUCUGCCCUGGUGGUCCCUGCCCCUCUGUUCACCACACCCAGCCUCACUCAAACCCCCGGCAUCCCCAGACGACUGAUCCCAGCUGGGGCCAACGCACAGCGGGCUCCUUGCCACAUCCCACAUCUAAAUGUCUAUGUGCUAAUGCUGUGGUUGAGACAGUGUGCCGUGGGAGUGUAGGAAAAGCACUUGAGGCAACUUCCUGACCAAC